UGAGUUACAGAUCCAUUAAAUUGAAUUAUGUGGCGUUAAGGCCGUUAAUUUAGUAUAUGUUAUUGAACUUCUCUCUCUCUCUCACACACACACACACACACACUCAAAUGAGUUAUCGCUUCCAAAUCCAAGCCAUCAUAGUUAGCACCUUUCACCCACGUCACUUACCCUUUACCUGCUUUUCUCAUAACACCUCCACAAGGGUAUCAUUUUCUAGUUUUAGUUGUGGGAAAAAUUUGGAAAUGGAGGAUGUGAAGGUAGCUUCAGGAUUGGUGGUGGGUGAUCCUGUUUUGCUGGAGAACAAAAUUGCUGCAAUUCGUUUGGCUGGUCCCCAGAAGCUUCAGGUGAUUGCUGAUUUUGAUGCCACUUUAACAAAGUUUUGGGUUAAUGGAACUCGUGGCCAAAGCAGUCAUGGCCUUUUGCAGCAGGGUAAUUCAGAAUAUGAUGCCAAAAGACAGCAGUUAUAUGAUUAUUACCAUCCAUUAGAAUUUUCGCCAACUAUUGGACUUGAGGAGAAAACAAAGCUCAUGGAAGAGUGGUGGGGAAAAACACAUGCUCUUCUCAUUGAGGGAGGACUUACAUAUGAAUCAAUAAGACAAUCAGUUGCUAACGCCAACAUAGCUUUCAGGGAAGGUGUUGUGGAACUUUUUGAGUUUUUGGAGGAAAGAGACAUUCCUGUGUUAAUAUUCUCUGCAGGGCUUGCUGAUAUCAUUGAAGAGGUUCUGAGGCAGAAACUUCAUAGAUCCUUCAAAAAUGUGAAGAUUGUAUCCAACAGGAUGGCAUUCGAUGAUGAUGGCCGCCUUGUAUCUUUUAAAGGAAAAUUGAUUCAUAGCUUAAAUAAAAAUGAGCAUGCUCUUGAUAUGGCUGCGCCUGUUCAUGAGCAAUUGGGUGAUAUGGAUGGUCCAACUGAUGAGAAUGCCUUAUUCAAGAAGAGAACCAAUGUUCUCCUUCUCGGUGAUCACAUUGGAGACUUGGGAAUGUCUGAUGGUUUGAAUUAUGAGACUCGAAUAUCUGUGGGAUUCUUGAACCACAACAUUGAGAACUCACUUAGCUGCUAUAAAGAAUCUUUUGAUGUUGUUUUUGUGGACGACGCACCCAUGUGGGGAAUUAUCAAACUGGUCUCUCAGAUAUGUUCAAGUGGGAGGUGAUUAUUUCCAGUAAUCAUAUAUUUUUGGCAGUCUAAUUCCUUUUUGUCUUACACAUCUCAGCUCAGGGCUCCUCAUUUGUAUAUUACUAUUGAUCAAAGUAUCCUCUUUGUUAAACUAUGGUAAUAGGUGUCAGUUUUCCCCUCUUAGAUAUGGUUGGCAAUUAGUUAUGCUAGGCCAUAGUUAAUUUACUAAAUAUGUUACAGUGAUUUUGCUAUUUUAAUUUACUAAUUGACAUGAGAGACAUCAAUUUAGCACCACAAGCAAGACCAAACCA